UCCUCCCAUCUUUUCCUCCUCCUGAGUCAUGGGGAACUCCAUGGGUUGCGUUCGGCCUCUUCGUGAGGCCGAUCCGGACGCAGCACCCACUCUUUCACCGAAGAAGCGUCUGCGUUUCAGACGGAAGCAGAAGGGAAACAAGAACCGGAGAGCGGAGGAAGAAAAAGCGGACCAGCAGCGACUGCGAUGCUCUGAGCCCGAAGAGGAUGAUCCGGAGAAAAGACCAGAGUGUUCAGACCACAGCAGAUCCGGGCCAGAAUCUCGCUUAGGUCACCUCAGAGCCGACCCACACAGUAGCACCCUGUCCCCUGCCUCUGCUGGGGGGCUGCUGAGCAGCAGAAAGCUGGAGUCGACCCCCAAACCCAGCCCGGCCUGGAGAGGGGUCUUCUGCCUUCCCGGGGAGGAGGACACCAUCAGUGCCAUCAUCGACGUCUCCAGCCUGCCGAGCCAAACCGCCGCCACCACCCCGGUCAACGCCGCGCCGGCCCUGGGCAGAACCACGCCAGGCGGGGGCAGGGUCUGCCUGGUUCGGGAGAAAGUUCAGGGGGUUAUAGAAAAGCCCUGGAUCCAGAAGAGGAAGGAGGAGACGGACAAAGUGAACAAGGAAGGAAACGGGAGCAAGGCGGCGGCGGGUAGAGCUCCUGUGAAGGAGCGUAAAGGUGUAGUCCACAUCCGAGAGGUGGACGGGAAGCUCUGCGUGGUGAGGACGGUCUACCCCAACGAUCUGGGCUCCCCGCUCCGCAAAGACGAAGAUGAGGUGGAAGUUCACAAAGAGCCUCCCGCACCAUCACCCGUCACUGGGAAUAUUCUGAAAGUCCAGCUGGUGGAGGACGGAGACGAAAACAAAUCAACCGGUGGGUCCCCCACCUCCUCCAAGGAGCUCCAGGACACCAUGAAGGCCUUCAGGCUGGAGCCGCAGGGGAAGUCGUCUCUGUUUGAGUCGGGUUACUCCAGCGAUCUCCCUCCCACCUCCCCAGAAACAGCUGGUACCACUCCCAGUCAGACGGACUGGGGAGGCCUGACCAGCAGCUCGUCCGAGAAACUGGACUCCACCAUGGAGAGUCCGCUGGCGCCGGAGAAGCAGGUGGUUUCCAAACCCCUGCCUCAGAUCUCUGAGAUCUACGUCUGCGGCGAGUCGGCCGACCUCACGGCCAAAGAGAAGCUGCUGCUAUGGAGCCAGCAGGCCGUGGAGGGCUACCCCGGCCUCCGCUGCAGCAACUUCAGCUCGGCAUGGAGCAAUGGACGCAUGUUCAACGCUCUGCUGCACAGAUACAGGCCAGACCUCAUCGACAUGGAGGCCGUGGCCCGGCAGAGCAACCGAGAGAACCUGGAGCAGGCCUUCGAGAUCGCCGAGUCGUUAGGGGUGACGAGACUCCUGGACGCUGAGGACGUCGAUGUUCCCUCUCCAGACGAGAAGUCAGUUAUCACGUACGUCUCUUCCAUUUACGAUGCCUUUCCUAAAAUCCCAGAGGGAGGAGAGGGCAUCUCUGCACAGGAAGUGGACCAGCGCUGGUCGGAGUACCAGUCCGGCUUCUCGUCUUUGCUCCAGUGGAGCCGCCAGCAUACAGCCCUCAUGGCCAAGAGGAACUUCCCCCAGAACCCUGUUGAACUCAAGGCACUUUAUAAUGAGUACAUCCACUUCAAGGAGGCGGAGCUCCCCCCCAAGGAGACGGAGAAGUCCCACAUCCAGCACCUCUUCAAGCUGCUGGAGGUUUGGAUCGAGUUCGGUCGCAUUAAGCUUCCUCAGGGCCUCCAUCCCAACGAGCUGGAGGAGGAGUGGGGCAGACUCAUCCUGGAGAUGCUGGAGAGGGAGAAGGCCCUCAGGCCGGCCGUGGAGAGGGUGGAGCUGCUACUUCAGCGAGCCAACAAGAUCCAGAACACAGCGGUGGACUGCGAGGAGAAGCUCACCCUGGCUAAGAACACCCUGCAGGCUGACAUGUCUCGGGCCGACAGCGGCGAGGCGGUGCAGUGUGAGACAGAAAUGGUUCGCUACCUGCAGGACUGCGAGGCUCUGAUCCGGCAAAUCGAGCAGGAUCUGAAAAUCCUGCGAGAAGAGAAAUAUUACCAGGUGGAGCAGCUGGCGUUCAGAGCUUCCUGCCUUCAGGAGGAGCUGGUCUCCCUCCGGCUGCAGUGCUCCAGCGUCUACAGGAAGGGCCACUUCUCUCAGGCCCUGGGCCCCGCCGGCACGGAGCCACCCUGGCAGAGAGCCACAGACGGAGGCCUCUCUCUGGGACAGACCCUGCUGGGAGGCGUGGGGGCGGUCGGAGCCGCUCUCCUGCGGCGGCCGAUGGCGCGCUCCCAGCUGGUGGCCAUGUCCUCCUCAGAGGAUGAAGGAAGCCUGAGAUUCAUCUAUGAGCUGCUGGGAUGGGUGGAGGAGAUGCAGGAGCUGUUGGAGGGAGCGGAAUGGGGUGCAGACCUCCCCUCUGUAGAGAACAACCUCCAGGAGCACAACACCAUCCACACGGCUGUGGAGGAACUGCUGAGCAGCCUGCAGGAGGCGCGCAGCUACCAGGCUAAAGUGUCCCCGAACUUUAAAGGCAGUUACUCUGAAACCCUGGCCAAACUGGAGCACCAGUACUGCAAGCUACUGGAACAUUCGUCAUGCCGCCUGCAGAGCUUGGAGAGCCUCCACGCGUUCGUGUCGCGCUGCACCGAGGAGCUGAUCUGGCUCAACGAGAGGGAGGAGGAGGAGAUCUCCUUCGACUGGAGCGAAGGCAACGCCAACAUGGCCGCCAAGAGGGAAGCGUACAACGAGAUGAGGAUGGAACUGGCAGAGAAACAGGAUGUGAUGCGUUCCAUCCAGGAAACGGCCAGCCGCCUCUGUCAGGAAAACCAUCCAGCCAAACAGACCGUGGAGGCCUACAGUGCAGCCCUGCAGACUCAGUGGCAGUGGGUGGAACAGCUGUGCGUUUGUGUGGAGCAGCAUCUCAAAGACAACACCGCCUACUUCCAGUUCGUGAGCGACGCGAGGGACUGUGAGUCGUACCUCCGCCAGCUUCAGGACACCAUCAAGAGACGAUACACCUGCGACAAGAACAGCAGACUGAGCAAACUGGAGGACCUGCUGCAGGACUCCAUGGAAGAGAAGGAGCAGCUGAUCGAGUACCGCAGUACGGUGGCGAGCCUGGUGGGACGGGCCAAGACGGUGGUCCAGCUCCGGCCCCGCACCGCAGCGAGCCCGCUGGAUGGGGCCACGCCCAUUAGAGCCAUCUGUGACUACAAACAGAUCGAGACAAACGUCCAGAUCACCAUAAACCGAGGAGAGGAGUGUGUGCUGGAGGACAACUCUCAGAGGACCAAGUGGAAGGUGAUCAGUCCCACCGGGAAUGAAGCCAUGGUUCCCUCGGUGUGCUUCAGCGUCCCUCCUCCGAACCAGGACGCGAUCGACACAUCCAGCAGGACGGAGCAGUUGUAUCAGAAGGUCAUGUCUCUGUGGCAUCAGCUGCAUGUGAACAUGAAGAGCGUGGUGACGUGGAACUACCUCCAGAAAGACAUCAGAACCGUCUCCGGAUGGACCCUGGACACGGUACGCAGUCAGAGUCAGUCGGAGCGCCGCCAUGUCCUGGAGCACCUGGGGUCCCAGCUGGCCGACUUCCUGUCUGACAGCAGAGAGAGCUCGCUGUUCACGUCGGCUGAGAGACGGGAGCUGGAGAGCGAGGUUCAGUGGGCGCAGCAGCACUGCCAGGACCUGCUGCACAACAUGGAGACAGCGGAGAAGGACGAGUCUGUGUCUCGGUCCUACCUGUCGGAGCUGCAGGACAUCAGUCUGCGUCUGAGCGACACCGAGCGGAGGCUGAUGAGAGCCAUCGAGACGCCGCCUCCCAGCCGCCUGUCAGGCGGCAGCUUUGACAACACACAGCGGAUCGCAGAGCAAGAGAAGCUGAAAUCCGAGCUGGACUCUCUGCGCUCCAGCCUGGGCGACGUCUCCCGCCGCUGUGUUACUUUCUUCGAGGAGAAGCCGUCGUCCUCCACCGUUCCCGUCCUUCGCUCCGAGCUCAGUCAGGCUGUGGAGCGGACGGACAGACUGAACAGCCUCUCAGCCGUCUACUUGGAGAAGUUAAAAACAGUAGACUUCCUGAUGCAGAGCCUGGAUGAAACUGAGAGCCUGGUGAGGAAGUAUGAGAGCAGACUGAGUGAGGAGGACAUCGUUCCUGCAGAUACAGCAGCCAUUCAGAACCUCAGACAGCAGCUCGGGAGGUGGCAGGCUGAGCUUUCAGAACAAGAGGAGAUUUUCCAGGCCCUGCAGGUUCAGGUGGAUCGGGCCAAAGAGGCAGGAGCCGAGCUCAGCAAGCUGCACCCGGACCGCAGCAAUGAGCUGGAACGGUACCAGGAAAGAGCCAAUCAGAUGGCAGAGAGGUGGAGUGGAGUCAAACGGCAGACAGAAACACGGCAGUCCGAUCUGGAAGUUGUGGGCUCGGCGCUGCAGCAGUACAGAGAGAACCACUCAGCCCUGAUCAGGUGGAUCGAAGAGACGACAGAAAGACAGGAGAGCGCCCAGCCUGGACAGAUGGACAGCAGGGCGCUGUCAGAACAACUGGCCCAGCAGACGGCAUUGGUAGCUGAAAUCGAGCAGAACCAGACCAAACUAGACGAGUGCCAGACCUACUCCAAACAGUACUGUGCCUCCGUCAAGGAUUAUGAGCUGCAGCUGAUGACCUACAGAGCCUUUGUGGAGACGACGCACAAGUCCCCGGUGAAGAGGAGGAGGAUGCACUCUUCCUCUGACGCCAUCACUCAGGAGUUUAUGGAUCUGCGAACGCGUUACACAGCCUUAGUCACUUUGACAACCCAGCAUGUGAAGUACAUCAGCGAUGCACUGAGAAGACUGGAGGAAGAGGAGAAAGAGGUAGAGGAGGAGAAGCAGGCCAGGGUGGGCCAGGUUUCAGAGCUGCUGGGCUGGGUCAAAGGCCUGCAGGGCCGGACCGGGGGUCCCAGCGCAGAGUCUUCACUUGCUGCUCAACAGGCCAUCAGUGAGCAGCUGGCAGGCAGGAAGGAGCAGGUGGCUGAAGCCAUCAGGAGCACGCAGGGCUUCCUGUCUUCCAAACAGGCCACCAAAUUGUCUCCGGAGGAGCGCGCUCAGGUGGAGGCUCAGCUGGAGGAGCUGACGGCCACCUACAACCAGCUUCUGGACAGCUCCACCCAGCAGCUGCAGCAGCUGGAGCAGCAGCUGGCCGAGGAGGAGGAGAGAAAGAACCAAGCCGCCAUCGCUGGAGUGAUCGACCUGGGAACAGUGGAAACCUUCUCGGUGUUUCAGGCGGCCCAACGUGGCCUCGUUGACCAGGACACCUGCUGUGUUCUGCUGGAGGCCCAGCUGGUGCUUGGUGGACUCUUCAAACCAAACUCAUCUGAGAUUUAUUCUUUGAAUGAGGGUCUAAAUGAAGGCCUUGUUGAUGCUAACACAUGUCAAUCAUUAGCUGAACUUGAGAGUGCCUUAAUGUUGAUAAGCAAGCCUGUGGGUGAUCAAAAACGUCUACCUGUAGCUGCGGCCAUGGAGUCUGGAUUGAUAAGAGAAGAUGUUGGACUUCGUAUUCUCGAACUCCAGAUCAACAGCGGUGGACUCAGAGAUUCGUGUGGGAAGGUUAUGAGUUUCGAGCAAGCAGAGGAUUUGAGAGCUUUGUCACCCAGGAUCUUCAACAAACUUCAGUCUAGGCUUCAGCACAGAGAGCUGCUCGAUCCAAACACGGCUGAAAAAGUAAACCUUGAGGAGCUGAGGCUGCGUUGUAUUCCUGACGAGGGUGUCCUUCUCUUUCCUGUCAAACAGCAGCCCGGAGGAACUGUUUGCCUCCGAUCAGGAAGAAAAGUUGGCAUCUUUCGUGCUGUUCAAGAAGGACUGAUUGACCGUGCCGUUACCGUAAGACUCCUCGAGGCUCAGCUCUUUGCUGGUGGUAUUACUGACCCACGUUCAGGUCACCGGCUGACGAUUGGGGAGGCUGUGCGCCAUGGGCUUAUGGACCAGGAUUUAGCUUGCACUAUGUUAGCACGACAACUGCAGAACGGGGGAAUUAUCGACCCGCUCGGUGGAGAACGUGUAGAUUUAGAGGAAAGCAUCCGCAGGGAUCUUCUUUCCCCUCGUUUAGCCCUGUUGGUUCUUGAGUCUCUUUGGACUUUUACAGGACUCCUUUGGCCUGAAUCAGGAGAAAUCAUGCCAAUUACUGAAGCUUUGGAACAAGGGGUGAUUUCAGGAGAUUUACCAAGAAACGCCUUAAGACAAAGACAUGUUAUUGGAGGGCUGUACAACCCAGAAACCCUUCAGGUGUUGCCCCUUAAUCAGGCUGCAGAAAAAGACCUCGAACCAGAUGUUGUUAGAUGUCUCAGAGAUAUUCAUAUACCAGACGUUCUCUACAACAUGAAUCCAUCUGGUACCCCAUCACUAAACAGACUAAGCUGGGGCUCCACUAGCUCCUCUCCACCACCUCUAUCAUCUCCUCUAUCAUCCUUCACAUGGGAAUCUUCACUAACUGAUAGAGUUGAUCAUAAAGACCAAGCCCAACACAAGCUCCUCUUUCACCUCAUGACUCACAGUUAUGUAGAUGCACAUUUUGGAAAGCGGUUGGUGCUGCUCGACAACGAUCUCCUUCAGUUGGCUAAAACAACUGGUUUCACUGCAGUAGAAUCAGUUCAAGAAAAUAAAGAAAUUUCCAGUUUAGAAAGUAAGAUGCCUUCAAUGACACCCAGAGAAGGAGAGGAUGAUGAAAAGGAAGCAACAAAGCACCAAGACAAGGUUGUAGUUGAAACUGUUUCCCAAGUUCCAUCAGUGGAAGAUGUUAACAGUCAGAGAGUGCAAGAAAAUAUACCAACGCUUAAGGAAAAUAAAGACUUUAAUCUGUCAGAGGUUCAAGAAAUCAAAGUUACAGAAGUUUCACCAGCAAAUUCAGCAAAGAUGCAACAGCAUGUACUUGAUGCAGACCGUGACGACAAGCACUCGGAGAUGGUAGUUGAUGGCGAACAAUUGAUGGAGGAGUCCCAGGACGAUACUGAGUUGGAGAGAUUAGUCCUUCAGCUCAAACAGGGAGGUUUAAUGACAGAGGAAGGAGAGAAGCUGCUGCCAGAUGAAGCUGUAGCUCAGGGCGUCCUUCCUGGCCAUACAGCAGUUAAACUGAUGGCUCAGGCUGGCCUGUUUGGGGGAUUCUUGGAUGCCACCAGCGGGGAGUCACUGAGCUUGGAGGAAGUCAUGCAGGAGGGUUUAUUAGAUGAGGAUCUCAUGUGGAGUGUCCUGAAGUCAGAUAAAACCCUUGCAGGUGUUGUAGAUGUAGAGAAAGGUCAGAUUCGUGGGGUUAGGGAUGCAGCUCAGGCUGGGCUUAUUGAUCCCAACACCGCCGCUCGACUUUUGGAAGCUCAGGUUGUAUCUGGAGGGAUUGUUGACUUGUGCAGGGAUAAGAAAGUCUCUGUGACUUUAGCAGCAAACAUGGGUCUGAUCGAAGAAGGGCAAAGGGAGGAGCUGAUUGCACUUGAAAAAGCAUUCAAAGGAAAGAAUACAGACUCGGCUACAAGCCUCAGAAAAGCCAGUUUACAGCUACAGAUGGAGGGUGUUGUUGAUCCAGAGUCCAAGUCUGUGGUUCCCUUAGAACAAGCAAUUAAGAAAGGGCUGAUUUCAUCUGAUGAGGCGUAUCAGGUGCUUGCAAGACAGGUGGCUGAAGGUGGAAUAAUCCACCAUGCUUCAGGAAUGAGACUCUCCGUUUCUGAUGCUGUAGAUAGAGGACUAGUGGAUCGGUCCAUAGCUCCUGGGCUUGAGGAACUAGAAUGGAUCUAUCGAGGAAAAGUCAGUCCUUCAAGUAACCCAGGGGCAAUUGCUUUCCAGGCAACAACUGGAGCUGUUUUAGACCCUGAAAAUGGUGCUACACUGACCCUGACAGAGGCUGUGUCCAGGGGACUUCUUGAUGAAUCCAUAGCCACCGAAGUCAUGGCUUCCCCCACUCUAACACAAGGAACCAUUGACCCAAAAGCUGCACAGAUUGUGCCUUAUUCAGAGCUUGUGUAUCAGGGCAAGAUAGAUAUUGAGACGGGGAAACGCUUCUUGGAAGUGAGGCCAUUCCAAGGUGUUCAGGAUAAAGAAACCUUGGAAAUCCUGACCCUUCCUGAGGCAGUUGCUUUAAAGCGGGUUGACCCAGUUCCAGCUGUGAGGCUGCUCCAGAGCCAGGCAGACACCGGUGGGAUCAUUGAUAUCAGGACCGGAGAACGGCUUACUCUGCCUGAAGCUUCUGCCAGAGGUUUAGUAGUUGGUAAUAUGGUCAAAGAGAUAGCCAUCAAUCAGUUUGUCAAAGGAGGCUUAGUUGAUCCAGCGACUGGACAGCGUGUCUCAAAUCUUAGUGAUGCCAUUGCUCUCCAGCUGGUAACUAGAGACCUGGCCUCAGAGAUCCAGGAGAAAGUACAGGAAAGUUUGACUAAUAAACCCAUCAUAGCUACAGGGUUAAGCAAAAAGACUUCAGAAAACCUUUCUGCUAUGGAGGCUAGGGCAUCCUCAAUAGCUCCAUGCUCUGUAAAACGAUUAGAAGGCAAGCAGGAUCAUGGCAAAACACCGAGAAGUGACAUUUUAGAUCAGUCAAGUGUUGAGGUAGCAACAGAAAAAGAAUCAGUGGAGGUAAAGUCUUUCACACAGCCUGAUCAAUCCAUGGAUAUGUUAUCCAAGUUUGCAUCUAAUGUUGAGAAAAGAAUCCGGCUAGCCAUUGAUGAGAUAAUGCCACAAAAAGACAACAGUGAACUGGAUAAUCUUCUCCAACAGGAAACCAGUGACACGGUGCAAGACGAUUACAAAGAAAGAGAAAACAUAAUCACUGACUCUGUUAGAGAAUCCACCCAGAUGCUUAUUGAUUAUAAUCAAAAGGACUCAAAGAUAGAGGUCCAAAAUGAAGACGGGAAACAGCCAGAGAAAGAUCAGGAUGCAGACUUUGGAGCAAUGGAGAACACAGUCCUGGUCCAUUCUGUUUCUGAAGAUGGGAAAUUAUCUGAAAUUACAGUCGACAGGGAGGACAAAGGUCCUCCUGCAUUACCAGUGGUGAAUGAGGAUGUUAAAGAAGACCGUUCUAAGACCAAAACCAGCACAGAUGUGGAGCACUCAGCUCAGGUAUUGUCUUCCACUAGUAAAGAGUCGGUCAACAAAAGCAAAAAGAAGAGGAAGAGUAAAAAGAAGGUAAAGGGAAAAGAUGACGAAAAUGAAACUCAUCUUCAAGAGAUUGAACCCAGAGAUGAAACUGAUCAAACCAGUCCAGGAAUCCCACGGGGUGCUCAGAUCACAUUAGAGGAAACUCUAACUAAAUCAGUCCUUUAUCAAUCCCCCAAAGAUCCUUCAGCUGAAGACACACAAGAAAAGUUUGCUGAGAAACCAAAGACUGAAAAGGUUUUAGCUGAAAAUAAACAAGAGGUUGUUUCUCAUCAACCAAGCUCUCAGGUGGAGACCGAUACAGCUGAAAAGAUGUCAUAUAAGAUUCCAGAAAAUGUUGGGAACACGGGAGAUGUGAAAACAAAGGAGGAAGAGCACAAAGAAUCCACAAAGAAAACUAUGAGCGCAAAGCGAAUUAAUGAACCGGUUAUAAAGCUCCCAUCUCAGACAGAUGAAAACCACCCAGAAAUAACACAGGUGGACACAGAAGAAAGCAGAUUAAAACAAAAUCAUCAGGAAUCAGUUUCUUAUGAUCCUUCAGCCACAACUGAAACUAGGAAGGAUGAGACUGAAAGACCCUUGGUUGGCAUGCAGCGGGACGUUGUUUCUACUCCACCAAGCUCUCAAUUGGAGAAAGGUGCAACUGAAAUUAUGUUAGUUGAUGCGAUGAAUGAUGCCAUGAGGGAGGGGGAUAAGAAAGGGCAACCCAAGAGGGUUUUAACUGAAAAACAGUCAGAAGAACUAAACAUGACUCACCCAUCUCAAACUGUUCAGACUGGUGUAGACAUAUCAGAGAUGCAGCAGGUUUCUCCUGUAGACGGAGAAGAAAAAACAUUUAAGAAAAACCUACGGGCGGUCAGCUCUUAUGAUCCUCCAUCUCAUAAUGACCCACACUCUGAAGAGAGAACAGAAAGGAUUGAAGGGACAGUUAAGACCAAGAAAGGUUUGGGUAAACAGGAGCAGAGGGUUGGUUCUUUUGAACAAAAUAUUCAGAUGGAGAAAGAUAAAGCCAGUACAGCUCUAAUUAGGCCUGCUGAAACCAUAAAACAGGAAGAUGGAGGGAUAUCGACCAGGUUUCUAAAUGCGCAAAAAGACGAAAAACCAACUGAGACUGAUCAAGAGAGUCCAGAAGGGCCACAUGUAUUUCCGGUUGACACAUUUGUUGAGAAGAUACCAAAAUCCAACACUAAUGGCCUUUCAGAAUCUGCCCAACCUCACUUUGGAGAAGGCAUGGAAAGGACUGGUGGGAAAGCUGAGACUGUCUGUGUUUUGGUCGAACAGGAGCAGGAAGAGAUAUUUCUUGGACGAGGUGUGGAGAUGAAGAAAGAUGCAGCAAACAUGGCCUCGCAGAAGACCCAACAAAAGGUUUAUGAGGAGGAAGACAUUGAAAGGGAAUCUAUGAAGACUUUACUGGCACAAGCACAUGAGAACAAUCAGGGCAUGAAUGAGAGCGAGGAAAAGGAAUCAUGUCAAAAAUCAGCUCUUAAAGAUGACGAAAAAGCAGCCUUGAUACUGAAAGCAAAAGAAAGCAUUUUGAAGAAGGUGUUUGAAAAAGGAGUGAGUGAAAAGCAGGCAGCUCGAGAGCUGGAGGCACUGAGGCAGAAGGAGGUGAGGAAGAAGCAAAGUAAGGGUAUGACUGAAGGUGAUAAGAGUACAGAAACCAAGAGAAACUCUGGUUUACCGAAAGACUGUGACAACCAAGGAACUACUGAAAAGGACACAGUGGAGCUGGAGAAAUGUCCUACAGUUAUUCUUUCAUCUCAAGAAAACCUGGGAGGUAAACCCACAGAAACAUCUUUAGGUGAAAAGAACACUGACCAGAAAGAUGCUGGGGCUCUCCCUGCAGGCUCUAGAAAUAAAAGAAGCAAGAGGAGCAAGAAGCUCCGAAGUCUAACGUCAACUGGAGAUGAGCCCGUGAUGGAGAAGGUAUCCAUGGAUCUGAAAGAUGCAACCAAAUCAGCUGCAGAUCCAAAGUUAGACAGCGCAAAUUUGGCUAAAGACCCGAGAAUUUGCCUCGAUACUGAAGGCCGCUCGGCCGAUGGCAAUGUCAAGAAGCCCAAGAGUCUAAAACCAAAAACUGAGAAAGAAGGACUAACUGCAGUUGGGGAAUCUGAUUCUGGCCCAAAAGAUCCAAAGAUUACCUCAAAAUCUGCUUCUAAUCAACGUUCAGAAAGCAGAGUUUUGUCUGAAGACCUGAAGUCGAGCGCUGAUACUGACCGGUCAGUUGGUGCCACUGCCAAGAAGCCCAAGAGUCUAAAACCAACUAAAGCUCAGCCUGAUGGGAAGAGGGUACCCACAGAUUGUAUGGAACAAAAAAAUACGACAAAUUCUGCUGCAGAGGCUGAAUCCAAUGGCACAGUUUGUGUCGAAGGAUUAAAAAUUAAAGGCAGUACUGAUGAUCAGUCAUGUGGUGCAGCUACCAAGAAGCCUAAGAGUCUAAAACCAACUGAAGAUCAGCCUGAUAGGGAGAAGGAAACAGUGGAGCUGAAAGACACAAAGAAUGCAGCAAAAUCAGGUACAGGGGCAGAGUCUGACGGCACAGUUAUGGCCAAAGACCUGAAUGUUAAAACUGAUACUGAUGAUCAGUCAGAUGGUGCAGCUACCAUGAAGCCUAAGAGUCUAAAACCAACUGAAGAUCAGCCUGAUAUCAAGAAGUUGACCCCAGAUGGAAAAAUGGAUUCUGACCUUAAGGAUUCAAAACUUUUCUUAAAAUGUUCAUCAAAACAACCAUCAGAAGGCAGCGCUGAUGCUGAUGAUGAGCCCUUCAUUGACCCUGCAAGGCCUACAGAUUAUGGCAAAGCCGGCAAGGAGGACCUCCAGGUGCCUAAAGGUAUUCAGAAAAGUCAGCUAAAACAAGCUGCAGACCUGAAUGAAUCAACAGAUUUAUCUCUUGAAGGUGUCAAUAAAGACGACAGAAAACCCUUAGGUCAGUCUGUUGCUCCUGAUUCACAAUCUGUAAAAAGUAAAAGAAAGAAAAAACAGCGCCCACUUGAAGCUGAAAGCUUUGAUGUUCCUGAAUCUCUUACAAGCCCACAGCAAAAUCUGGAUUCUCCAGAAACAAUAGUUUCAUGUAAAGAUGCUUCAGCUGAAUCGGAAUCACCCAAAGUAAUGGAAGCUGAUCCAAACGCUGAGAGCUUAGAACAAGAAAAGGUCGAGGAGAACCAAGACGCCACUUUGAACAAAGAGGGAGCAACAUCCACAGGAAGUAGGUCGUCGUCUUUGCGCCAGGAAUGCCUUGAACACGAUCAGCGAAUCGUAGCCCUGCUUUCCGCGGUCCGACACAUUGAAGUCCGCCUGAAACAGCAGCAGCAGCAGUCUGCGGGUCGCAGCCUCGUCACCUUAGACGACAUCAUCAGCCGGACUGAGAUGAUGGACCUUGAACUCUCCGGCUUAGAGCCUGAAAUAAGCAAAGAAGUUGAAGCUGCAGAGCGACUGUUGAGACCCAGACCUUCCGACGUUCCUCCACAGCUCCUACUGGCCUUGGAAAAAGAUGGGCGGAGCUUAUCUCGCGGAUACGAGGCUGCCCGGACGCUCUCAGAGAGCAUCCUGCUAAGCCUGCGACACCACAGGGACUCAUGCAAGGAUGCAGUAACAGCAGAGCAGAAAUCUCUGGGACAGCAUGUGGACAGGCUGUUGUCUUGGUUGAAUGAGACAGAGGCUCAGUUGGACGGAGGAGCAACGGAGAUAACGGAGGGAGAGGACGGCCAGGCUGAGCUCACACAGCAGCUGAAGCUCUGCAAGGAGCUCCAGUCUUCACUGUCGACUUGCUCCAGCGAAGUCAACAGCCUGGUCUCAGACAUCCAGCUGUUCAUCUGUGAGCGCGCUCAGGACCUGGCCCCCGAGCAGAGCAGGCAGCUUCUGGGGCAGCUUCAGCAGCUGCAGACGGCCUUCCACCGAGCAUCGGGCCGAGCUCAGGCCCGGGCCGACGCUCUGUCCGCUCAGCGGAGCAGGGAGGAGGAGAGGCGGCGCAGGGAGGAGGAGGAGAAGGACAGAGAGAGGAAAAGUGCAAAGGAGAGAGAGGUGGUCCAACAGCAGAAAGCAGAGUGCUCUCAGAAACUGGAAGGUCUCAACAUGUGGUUGGCCGGAGCUGCAAGCCUGCUGGCCAAUCAGAGAGCUGGAAGAGAGUCAGGUGAUGUCAGCGACCUGCAAGAGAGACAGAAAAAACUAAAGGAAGUGCAGAAGGACCUGCAGUCUAAAGCUGCAGGUGUUGCUGAGGCCAUCCGGUCUGUGGAGGAGUUUCUGGCAGAGAAAGGAGAAAGUCUGAGCCCAGAGGAGAAGAAGAACCUUCAGAUGGCGCUGGAGAGACUGAAAGAGCAGUACGGCGCCCUGACCGACUCUGCAAAUACGUCCCUGUCAGAGCUGGAUACAGCCAUCAGUACGACUGUCCAACAAAACACCCAGAGAGCUAAAGCGGUGGAAGAACUACAGGAAACACAAAGCCAGAUAGACUCCCUGCUGAACUCUCUCUCAUCAUUUAACAAACCCGAUCAGGUCGGAGCAAACCUGGAUGUGGUGGAUUCUGCUUUCUCACAGCCAGAGGGCGCUGUGGUGUCGCACACAGAGAUGCUGCAGUCGGAGCUCCAGCAGCUCCAGGCUCAGCAAGCACGGCUGCUCCAGGUAACCCAGGCUACGCGCUCCCUGCUGGACCAGCCGGACUCCACGGUUCCCCCCGAGGAGAAGCAGCGGCUGCGGGCUGCCCUGGACCAGCUGCAGGCCCAGCACCAUGACAGGCUGCAGAGCUGCCAGGAGCGUCUGAGGAAGUCGGAGGCUCUGAAGGAUGAGCUUUCCAAAUUCCUGCAGGAGCACGGGAACCUGGGUACUUGGCUGGAACAAAGUGAGCAGGACAUGCGUUCCCUGGGGGAAGGAGAAACCGACGCACAGGGCCUGAAGGACAGGCUGGAGGAGCACAGAAAGCUCAGCGAGGACGUGAUCUGCCACAAGGCCGACCUUCGCUUUGUUUCCAUCUCCGGUCAGAAGGUUCUGGACUCGGUUCAGGGAGCUUUGGAGCAAGCCAAAGGUUCUGAUCCGUCUCUGGAAGGCAUCAAACAGCUGGUGUCUGACAAGCUGCAGGACGCCAACCACAGAUACACCACCCUCCACACCAAGUCGUCAGAGCUGGGCGGCCGCUUGUCCGGCCUGUUGGAGCGGUACCAGCAGUACCAGGAUGAAGUGGUCUCCCUUCAUUCCUGGCUCAGCACUCAUGAACAAAACCAAAGCGUCACCAAGUCCAGCAGUGACACCGACCCGCAGAACCUCCAGGACGCGCUGCGACAAGUUCAGCUGCUGCAGGACGAGCUGGCCGAGCGCUCGGUGCAGCUGGAGAAGGUGAAGAGAGCAGGAAGAGAUCUGGUCAGCACCGAGGAAUCUCCGUCUCUGAAAGCCGUGGACAUCCUCUGCGCCGCAGACGGGUUGGAGAAAAGAUUCGGCAGCCUUUCUGCGUCCGUCUCCGAGCGAGCUGAACAUCUGCAGACGGCUGUGGCUCAGUCUGUGAGCGUCCAGGAGGGCCUGAAGGGUCUGCUCAGCUGGCUGGACAAGCUGGUUCUGAACCCCAGACCAGUGAAACCCACAGCGCUGGCUGUGCAGGAUGCUCUGACCCAGAACCAGAAACUUCGGCAGGAGCUGCUCUCCAGGCAGGGCAGCGUGGAAGCAACCCGCGACUCCCUCUCCAAGCUCCUGCAGAGUUCUGAUGCGGCUACAGCACCGGGCCUCCACGGCAGCCUGGACGAACUCACCCAGCGAUACACCGCAGCCCAGACCAUCCAGGCGGAGCGGGAAGCAGAGCUCAAAGGGCUGCUGCCCAGACUGGAGAGCUACGAGCGGCUGGGGACCGACCUCCAGGCAUUUACCCAGAGCAGACUGAAGGCCCUGAGCCCGGUGGGCCAGCCGGACCGCAGCAUGGGCGACUACAGACAGACCAUCGAGGAAGUAAAAUCUGAGCUGGAGCAGGAGACGGGCCAGCUGAAAUCCUUCUGCAACCUCGGCACCGAGCUCAGCCAAUCCAGAACCCUCAGUGAUACUCAGAGUCUGCUGGAUAACGUCAAAGGUGUGACUGAAGAGUUCACCAAGCUGGAAGAAAACGUCAAUGAAAGGUUCGCUGCCAUCCAGGCCUGCGAGCAGCAGCUGCAGCACUUCCGCAGCCUCUCGGGCUCCCUGGUCCGCUGGCUUCAGACCGCUCAGGACCAGCUGCCCUCCAAGGAGGCCGGCCUGAACACCGAGGGUCUGCAGAGGAGGGUCCAGCAGCUCCAGGAGCUGCUGAAUGAAUGGGAAUCACAAGGAUCCAGAAUCGGAGAGCUGAACAAGACCGGCUCCGAGUUGGAGUCUCUCAUCAUCGACGUGACGGCUCCUCAGACCAAAACCGGUGUUCCUCAGAUCAACGGCUCUGCUGGUCCCAGCAGCCUGAACGGCAUCCACACCUGUAAAGACCUGACGGAGCUGCAGUUGACAGUCUCUGAUGUCAACGCUCGUUACGACUCCCUGGGCAGCGAACUGAAGGAGCGUCUGAGCCGCCAGCAGGCCUCCCUGGAGCUCCGGCAGAAGGCCCGGCAGAACGCUGAGGAGCUGAGGAGCUGGCUGAGCGACAGAGAAAGAAGCCUGAAGGAGGGACAGGCCAGCUCCCCGUCUAAGCCUGAGCUGGUGCGUGCUCAGGCGCAGCAAAACAAGGCUCUGCUCUCUGAGCUGGGUGAGCACGCUGGGAAGGUGGAGGAGCUGAAGAGUACAUUAAGAAAACUAAUCACCGACAAUCCGGAUUCUCCUGAGGCUGACGGCUGGAGGCAGCAGCUGCAGGAGAUCGACUCCCGCUGGCAAACGGCCAAUCAGACGGCAGCUCAGCGGCAGACGGAGCUGGAGACGUGCGCCGACCGGCUGGGCAGCUUCGCCUCAGCAGCCAAUCAGCUGGGCCCCUGGCUGAAGGAGAAGGAGCUGAUGAUGAGCGUGCUGGGGCCCCUGAGCAUCGACCCCAACAUGCUGAACACCCAGAAACAGCAGGUUCAGUUUAUGCUGCGGGAGUUUGACACGCGGCGGCCCCAGUUUGACCAGCUGACCCAGUCUGCAGAAGGCAUCCUCUCUCAAACCGGUGACUCUGCUCAGGACCCCAGAGACUUGGAGGAGGUCCGGGCUGAACUGGGCUCUGUCUCCCAGCAGUGGGACGAUCUGACAGGCAGACUGACUCAGCGGUCGAGCCACAUUGAUCAGGCACUGGGAACCAGUGAAAGAUACCAGGGCCUCCUUAAGGAGCUCUCCUCCAGCAUUGCGUCCCUGAGCGAGCGGCUGGACGCCCAGGCCUCGCUCAGCGCCCAGCCCGAGGCGCUGAAACACAGGCUGCAGGAGACUGGAGAGAUCCGCUCGGAGCUGGAGCGACGUCGGACCGAACUGGCAGAGGCGGAGAAGCUUUGUGCGGAGCUCAGCGAGAUCGUGGCCGAGCCAUACCUGAAAGAAGAGCUGAGUAAACGCCUGGAGAGCGUCAGCGCACCCCUGAGGAGCUUAGAGGAGAGAGCAGCUGACAGCCUCACGCAGCUCCAAGCCGCUCUGUCCUCCACUCAACAGUUCCAGCAGAUGUUUAAGGAUCUGCGCUCGUGGCUCGAUCAGCAGUCCGAUCCCAAAGAAUCCCCCUCGGACUCCCUGCCCUGCCGACCCCAGGCCAUCCGCUCCCUCCUGGCUCAGACCGAGGAGCUGCAGCGCGGAGUCGCCAGCCAGAGGGGCUCCUACGAGCUGAUCCAGGCCGAAGGCGUGUCGCUGCUCGCCACCCUUCCCCUUGAGGAGAGGACCGCUCUGCAGUCCCGCCUUGCCUCGCUGAGGCAGGACUGGGAGGGACUAAACCACCGGAUCACAGAGCGAGAAACUAGACUGAAGAACACACUGAGCAAAGCAGAAACUUACCAACAGUACAAAGCUGAGCUCACGCCGUGGUUAGCAGAGUGUGAAGAGAAGGAUGAGGAGAUCCAACCGUCGCUGGAUCCAUCUGCGCUGGACGGAUCGCUGCAGAAAGCCAGGACUCUUUCCCUGGACCUGGAGAGACGCCAGCCCCUGCUGGAGGCUUUUAAUACUGCGGCCGAUCAGCUGCUGGAGCAGUGCUGCGUUGGCGAGGAAGAGUUACGAGAUGAGAAAGCACAGCUGAACCGGCGAGUGGACAGGCUGAGCGAGGGUCUCCUGAACCGUACGGCCCAGCUGGAGGAGCUGUCCAGCCGCCUGAAGGAGUUUGAGGAAGGCCGACAGGCCGUGGAGAGGAGGCUGGAGGCCGCCAAGCAUCAGCUUGAAGUCCAAGAAGCUCUUGGACCUCAGGCAUGCAGCGCGAAAAGUCUGGAGAGACUGAGGAGUCAGCAGGAGAGCCUGAGGUCGCUGCAGCAUCAGGUGGUCUACCUCAAAGACCUGGCCCAGGGGCUGGUUCAGGACGCCCCCCAGACACCAGGGGGCAGCACCGAGGGAGCCCGCAGGCUCCAGGAGCAGGCCAAGGAGGCAGAGGAGGAGUAUGCCGAGGUCACUGAUAAGAUCGACCAGUGCUGCUCUUCCCUGGAGUCCCGCCUGCAGGGUGUCGGCGAAGUCCAGACUCACGUGCGGGACGUCUUCUCCCGCCUCGCUGACCUUGACGAUGAACUGGACUCUCUGGGUCCCGUUGGACGUGAUGCAGACUCCCUGGCGUCGCAGGCCGAUGCCGUGAAAAGCUUCUUGUCCCGCCUCUCCGACCUCAGGACGGAGCUGGAGGGACACUCCACAGAGUGCACCUCCAUGCUGAGGAGAGAGGGCUCCUCGCCUGACCUGCUGGCUCUCAGGAGGGAGACGGAGGCGUUGAGUCGGCAGGCUGGGAAGUUGAGUGAACGCGGCCAGGCCAGGCUGGUCCAGAUCGAAGACGCGGCCGAGAGAGUCCAGGACUUCUACCGGCUGGUGGCGGAGCUGCAAGGCAUGCUGGGAAGAGCCGAAGAAGGGCUGAACUCUCAGGGAGCGGUCGGCACGGAGGUGGAGAUGAUCAAACAGCAGCUGCUGGAGUUUAAGACGGUGGAGCGUGAGCAGGUGGACGGCAUCCAGCCGAAGCUGCAGCACAUCAACGCCGUGGGUCAGGGUCUGAUCCAGAGCGCCGCUAAGCUUACCGACACCCAGGCGCUGGAGCACGACCUGGAGACCACCAACCUACGAUGGAACUCGCUCAACAAACGGGUUGCGGAACGAAUUGCCCAGCUGCAGGAGGCCCUGCUGCAUUGUGGGAAGUUUCAGGAUGCACUGGAGCCUCUGCUCAGCUGGCUUAGUGACACGGAGGAGCUGGUAGCCAAUCAGAGACCUCCCUCUGCUGAAUACCGCGUAGUAAAGGCGCAGAUCCAAGAGCAAAAGCUGCUGCAGAGAUUGUUAGAUGACCGCAGGCCGACUGUGGAGAUGAUCCGCGGAGAAGGAGAGCGGAUCGCCGCCACGGCGGAUUCUCAGGACCGAGAGAAGAUCAAGAUCCAGCUCCAGAGUCUGUCGGAGAGAUGGUCGGAGCUGCUGGACAAGGCCAGCGGCAGGCAACGUCAACUAGAGGAGCUGCAGGUUCUGGCUCUUCAGUUCCACGAAGCCCUGGAGCCGCUGGGAGAAUGGCUGAGCGCUACCGAGAGACGCCUGAGCUCCGCCGAGCCCAUGGGAACCCAAACCGCCAAGAUCAGCCAACAGAUUGUCAAGCACAAGGCGCUCCUAGAGGACGUUUCCUCCAGAGAAGCCGAGGUUGACCGCCUGGAGUCCCUUGGCCAGUCGCUGUCCCCGCUCAGCUGCGCGGCCGACAGGGAUUGGCUGCGGGAGCGUGUGGGGGCGGUGAGGUCGGGUCACUCCGAGCUCGCCGAUUGGUGUGCUCGGCGGGCAGCGCUGCUGGAUCAGGCGCUGGCCAACGCGCAGCUGUUUGGGGAAGAAGAGGUGGAGGUGCUGAACUGGCUGGCGGAGGUGGCUCAGAGACUCAGUCAGGUCUCGGUGCAGAGCUACCUGCCCCAGCAGCUGGCUGAGCAGCACAAACACACACUGGCUCUUAAUGAAGAAAUCCUGAGCAGGAAGAAAACAGUAGAUCAGGCCAUCAAGAACGGCCAAGCUUUACUCAAACAGACCACAGGCGAGGAAGUCCUCCUGAUCCAGGAGAAGCUGGACGGGAUCAAGUCCCGUUACGCCGAGAUGACGGCCGGCAGCAGCAAGGCCCUCCGCACGCUGGAACAGGCCCUGCAGCUCUCAACGCGCUUCGCCUCCGCACACGAUGACCUCAACCUGUGGCUGGACGGCGUAGAGGCGGAGCUUAACAACGUGGAGCCGGACUCCUCACCUACCUACCAGGAGAGACAGAAGGAGCUGAAGAAAGUGUCGGCUGAGAAGCGGCUGGUUCUGGACACGGUAAACGAGGUGGGCAGCGCUCUGCUGGAUCUGGUGCCGUGGCGAGCACGCGAAGGCCUGGACCGGCUUGUCGCCGACGCCAACCAACGUUAUCGACAUGCUGAUGAGACCAUCACUCAGCGUGUGCAGCUGGUACAAGCUGCCAUCCAGAGGUCACAGCAGUACGAGGAGGCGGUGGACGCAGAGCUGGCCUGGGUCGGCGAGACCAAGCGUAAGCUGGCGUCUCUGGGCCCCCUGAGUCUGGAGCCUGACGUGACGGUGGCUCAGCUUCAGGUGCAGAGAGCCUUCAACAUCGACAUCAUUCGACACAAAGACACCGUUGAUCAGCUCCUCAGAGUCAGAGACGAAGUGCUGGAAGCCUGCAGCAACGCUCAGAAGGACGCUCUGAUGGUGAAAACGGAUUCUCUGAGCACACGCUACGAUGCGGUGAGUCAGAGCCACAGCGAGCGGUUCUCGGCUCUGGAGCAGGCUCAGGUCCUGGUGGCUCGGUUCUGGGAGACCUAUGAGGAGCUGGAGCCGUGGCUGGGUGAGACCGAAGCCCUCAUCGCCCAGCUCCCGCCUCCAGCUAUCGACACAGACGCUCUCCGGCUGCAGCAGGACCAGAUGAGGCUGCUCAGGGAGUCCAUCGCCGAGCACAAGCCCCACAUCGACAAGCUGCUGAAGAUCGGACCGCAGCUGGCGGAGCUCAGCCUCCAGGAGGGGGAGACAGUGAGGCAGCGCUACACCCAAGCAGAACGACGCUACCUGGCCAUCAAAGAGGAGGUGAAAGGUCGUGCAGGAGCUCUGGAUGAGGCGGUGUCUCAGUCUGCACAGCUGCUAGAGUUCCACGACAAGAUGGACCCCCUGCUGGAGACUCUGGAGGGGGCGGUGCAGCGGCUCCGCAUGCCCCCUCCGGUCGCCGCCGAGGUGGAGAAGAUCCGGGAGCAGCUGGCGGAGCACCGGGCUCAGGUGCUGGAGCUGGACAAGCUGCUGCCGAGCUUCUCCGCCCUCUGCUCGCGUGGGGAGCAGCUUAUCGGCAGAGCGGCCCACGACGAUCCGGCUGCUGAGGCCGUGCGCUCCCGCCUCCUGCGCCUUCGUUCUCUAUGGGAUGAGAUCCGCCAGCGAGCCGAGGAAAGAGAGACCAAGCUGAACGACGUCCUGGACCUAGCCGGGAAGUUCUGGGCCGAUGUGGUGGCUCUACUGAGCACGCUCAGAGACUCCCAGGAUAUCGUGAGAGAGCUGGAGGACCCAGGGGUGGACCCGUCGCUCAUCAAACAGCAGAUCGAAGCAGCUGAGGCCAUCAAGGCAGAGACGGACGGCCUGAGGGAGGAGCUGGAGUUUGUCCGGACGCUUGGAGCUGACCUCAUCUUCGCCUGUGGAGAAACUGAGAAACUUGAAGUGAAGAAGACUAUAGAUGAGAUGAACGGCGCCUGGGAGGGUCUGAACCGAACAUGGAGGGAGAGGAUGGAGCGGCUGGAGGAGGCCAUGACCGCCUCUGUUCAGUACCAGGAUGCCCUGCAGUCGAUGUUUGACUACCUAGACAACGCUGUGAUCAAGCUGUGCGACAUGUCGACUGUAGGAACUGAUCUGGGAACAGUCAAGCAGCAGAUAGAGGAGCUAAAGCAGUACAAGGUGGACGUUUACCAGCAGCAGAUUGACAUGGAGAAGCUCUGCCACCAGGGGGAGCUGCUGCUGAGGAAAGUGUCAGAUCAGACUGAUCGGGACAUGAUCCAGGAGCCGCUGACUGAACUGCGCCACCUCUGGGAAAACCUGGGCGAGAAAAUCACCCAAAGACAGCACAAGCUGGAGGGCGCCCUGCUGGCUCUGGGUCAGUUCCAGCAAGCUCUGUCUGAGCUGCAGGCCUGGCUGAACCACACUCACACCACUCUGGACACGCAGCGACCCGUCAGCUCCGACCCGAAGGCCAUCGAAAUCGAGCUGGCUAAACACCACGUUUUGCGUAAUGACGUGCUGUCCCAUCACGCCACGGUGGAGACCGUGAACAGCGCCGCCGCCGAGCUGCUGGAGUCCUCCCCGGGCGACGAGGCAAGCCACCUGCGGGAUCAGCUGGAUCAGCUCAACGGGAGCUGGGAGAGUCUGCUGUUGAAAACCAAGGAGCGACAGAAGCUCCUGGAGGCCGCCCUGCAGCAGGCUGAAGGUUUCCAUGGUGAGCUGGAGGAGUUCCUGCAGUGGCUGAGGAGGACGGACAGCCAGCUGUCUGCAGCCAAACCAACAGGAGGCCUCCCAGAGACCGCCAGGGAGCAGCUACAGCAGCACAUGGAGCUCCAGGCUCAGCUGAAUCAGCGAGCAGAGCAGUACCACCGCCUGCUGGACCAGGGGGAGUCCAUGCUGCUGGCCCGCGGAGGAGAGGAAGCGGGACCUGGAACCACCCAGACCCAGCAGAACCUGGCCAUGCUGCAAAACAAGUGGGCCGGCCUCAACACCAAGAUGGAAGACCGCAGAGCGAAGCUGGAGGAAGCUGUUUCCUUGGCAACGGGUUUCCAGACAUCCCUGCAGGACACCAUCAACUGGCUGACGCAAGCUGAACAGACCCUGAACAUGGCGCAGCCCCCCAGCCUCAUACUGGACACCGUCCUUUUCCAGAUUGAUGAGCACAAGGUGUUUGUGAACGAGGUGAACACCCACAGAGAGCAGGUCCUGGCUCUGGAGAAGGCUGGUUCUCAGCUCCGCUUCGCCAGCCUGAAGCAGGAUGUGGUUCUGAUCAAGAAUCUGCUGCUCAGUGUCCAGGCCCGCUGGGACAAGCUGGUGCAGCGGUCCCUGGACCGGGGCCGGCAUCUCGAUGAGGCCCGGAAACGAGCCAAGCAGUUUCAUGAGGCCUGGAGGAAGCUGACAGACUGGCUGGAGGAAGCCGAGAAAAGACUCGAUUCUGAGGUGGAGAUCUCCAACGAACCGGACAAGAUCAAAGUUCAGCUCACCAAACACAAGGAGUUCCAGAAAGCGUUGGGGUCCAAGCAGCCCGUCUACGACACGACGGUGAGGUCUGGGAAGGCCAUGAGGGACAAAGCUCAGCUGCCUGCAGAUCAGCAGAAACUGGACCACCUGGUGGGGGAGGUCCGGGACAAAUGGGACACCGUCUGUGGCAAGAGCGUAGAAAGGCAGCACAAGCUGGAGGAGGCCCUGCUGUUCUCAGGUCAGUUUGCCGAAGCUCUACAGGCUCUAGUGGACUGGCUGUACCGCGUGGAGCCCCAGCUGGCUGAAGACCAACCCGUUCACGGCGACAUGGACUUGGUUUCCAACCUCAUGGAUGCACACAAGGCUUUCCAGAAAGAAUUGGGCAAGAGGACCGGCAGCGUUCAGGCUCUGAAGCGGUCAGCUCGGGACCUGAUGGAAACCGGGCGCGACGACACGGCGUGGGUUAAGGUUCAGCUUCAGGAGCUCAGCAACCGCUGGGAUACAGUGUGUGCCCUGUCCGUCACCAAGCAGACCCGCCUCCAGCAGGCGCUCAAACAGGCGGAGGAGUUUCGCACAGCCGUCCAGAUGCUGCUGGAGUGGCUGUCAGAGGCAGAGCAGACGCUCCGUUUCCGCGGCGUCCUCCCCGAAGAGGCCGAGACGCUGCAAGCGCUGCUGCACACGCACCGGGACUUCAUGGGCACGGUGGAGGAGAAGAGGUCUGACGUUAACAAGGCUGCUGGCAUGGGGGAGGGCAUCCUGACUGUAUGCCACCCCGACUCUAUCACCACCAUCAAACACUGGAUCACCAUCAUCAGGGCACGCUUUGAGGAAGUGCUGACGUGGGCCAAACAGCACGAGCAGCGGCUGGAGACGGCUCUGACAGAGGUGCUCAACAACGCCAACCUGCUGGAGGAGCUGUUGUCAUGGUUACAGUUGGCCGAGACCACGCUGGUCCAGAGGGACACGGAGCCGCUGCCUCAGGACAUCCCACAGCUGAAAACACUCAUCACAGAGCACCAGACCUUCAUGGAGGAGAUGACCAGGAAGCAGCCAGAUGUGGACAAAGUGACAAAAAGCUACAAAAGGAAACCAGCGGAGCCUCCCAGCAGCCUGGCUGAGAGGAGAGGAGCUCGUAAACACCAGCAGCAGCACCAGCAGCAGCCGAGCAUGCAGGUUUCAGGGGGAAACCCGCGCCUCAACCAGCUCUGCGCGCGCUGGCAGCAGGUGUGGCUGCUGGCUCUGGACCGCCAGCGUAAACUCAAUGACGCUCUGGACCGGCAGGAGGAGCUCAGAGAAUUUGCAAACUUUGACUUUGACGUGUGGAGGAAGAAGUACAUGCGCUGGAUGAACCACAAGAAGUCGCGCGUCAUGGAUUUCUUCAGACGCAUCGAUAAAGACCAGGAUGGAAAGAUCACGAGGCAGGAGUUCAUCGACGGCAUCUUGGCCUCCAAAUUCCCAACCAGUAAGCUGGAGAUGUCGGCCGUGGCGGACAUCUUUGACCGAGACGGAGACGGUUACAUCGACUACUACGAGUUCGUGGCGGCGCUUCACCCCAACAAGGACGCCUACAGGCCGACCACCGACGCCGAUAAGAUAGAGGACGAGGUCACCCGGCAGGUGGCCCAGUGUAAGUGCGCCAAGAGGUUCCAGGUGGAGCAGAUCGGAGAAAACAAAUACAGGUUCUUCCUCGGAAAUCAGUUCGGCGACUCUCAGCAGCUGCGUCUGGUCCGGAUCCUGCGCAGCACGGUGAUGGUGAGAGUCGGCGGGGGCUGGAUGGCUCUGGACGAGUUCCUGGUCAAGAACGAUCCGUGCAGAGUUCAACAUCCAGGACUUAAGAUCCUCCGCUCCGAUUCCAGUAGCUCCAUCUCAUCUCGUAUAGUGACAGUCACUCCUGGCUAUUUCUGCUGCCGAGCUCGAGGUCGCACCAACCUUGAGCUGAGAGAGAAGUUCAUCCUUCCUGAAGGAGCCUCUCAGGGCCUGGCCGCGUUCCGAUCGAGGGGCCGGCGCUCCAAACCGGGCUCCCGUAACGCAUCGCCCACCCGUUCCUCGUCCUCCGCCUCCCACAGCGGCGCCUCUCUGCCCUCGGCUCCUUCCACGCCCGCCACACCAACAGCUUCGGCAUCAUCCAGGUCCUCCCACACCCACUCGCGUGACUAUGCCAAGCCCUGGCUUGCACACAGUAAAACUCCAACGCCAUCCAAGUGCCACUGCUGCCCAGAUCUUGGUCACAACCACAGCGCUCCUGGGCACGAGGGGGCGCCGUCCGGGUCCAAACUAAAGAGGCCCCCGUUCCACUCGAGCCGAGGCUCGCUGACUGGAGAGAACGGAGGAACGCCGCACAGCAGCAAACGCACAGAUCCAAAGCGAGGGGCGGCGACCGCCAGCAGCCCCACCAGCCGAGCCGGCAGCAGAGCGGGCAGCAGGGCCAGCAGUCGCCGCGGCAGCGACGCCUCGGACGCCUCCGAGCUUCAGGACUCUCGUUCCGUCUGCUCAGACACUUCGGACACGCCGCGGCGGCCCGGCAGCGGAGCCAAACCUUCCAAGAUCCCGACUAUAUCAAAGAAGGCCCCCAGCCCAAAGACCCCGGGGUCUACAAAGAAGUAAAACCUGUAGAAACUUUAUUCCUGGUGAUUCCUCCGUUAAGAAAGGCCGGGCUGCGUCUGCUGGACGUCCAUCCAGAGGGCUUGUCUGCAUAUUCUGCACUAAGACUGAUGGUUUUUCAGGGAAAGAAGGAGACGUUGAUCUCGAUCUCCCUCUCACUCCUUUCCCAGUCCUGAAGGCCUGUUAAGAUGCACAAGAGGAGAACGGUUCUGGUCCGGUUCAGGUCCAGGCCAGAAUCUAUGGGGUCAACGCCAACUUUUCCCCUUUAAGACCCCAGUUUGCCUUCCAGUCUCCUCCACCUCUUAAGACGUUCCCUGAAACACGGACUGACGUGAUGCUGCCUUACUUUAUGUUACAAACUUUUGUCCCGAUCAGACGGGGGGAGGACAGACUCAACCUGCUUUAUACUGACAAACACACAUUUCCUGGGAGAGGCGGGGCGGAGAGCGGGGAGCGCUGCCACCACAGCUACACAAACAGAAAAAGAAUUGUGGGAGAAUUAUUUUUACUUGUGGUCCAGAUGCCUCAAGGAUGCGUCAACAAAGAAAAUAUGCAACGACUGCCAUGUCGCUUCCUCUGGACCGAUUGGCGAGAAAACAGUCACCUCAGCAGUGGCGAGCUGAGGAGACGCAGUGAGACACACACACACGGUGGAGCUGGUGCAGCUGAGGGUAAAAACUCUCACUGAAGCACCACGCAGCGGCCUCCUCCCCACCCACCGCUGGAACGCUCCCCUCAGCCACAUGCGUGCAUUUCAGCAAAGGGCGGCGCGUUUCUUUUCUUUUUCCCCCACUCUCACCCAGAAUUCACAAGCUAGCAAUAGAAAGGACUCUUAUGGUGACAACUAACAGCACAUUACUGACAAUACGCCACACGUGUAACCUUAACGUGACGUUAACAUGCGUGUUCGCAGAGUUCGACAACCAGCAUGCACUAACUCCCCCCCCCCCCCCCCCCCCCCCCCCCCCCAACGCUGCACAGAAAAACACUCACAUGUACCGUGUGUCUGUUACAGGAAGCAGCAGAGGUCAUUUACUUGAGUCACUGUAUGCAAACAAAGAUUAAUUUACAAAUGUUUUUUCUGAUUAAUUUAUAAUCCUGAUGGACUUUUUGUUGUUUAGCUUGAAAUACAGGUUUAUUUAUUUACAGUUUUACGUCAUAUCACCGUCGGCAGUGCGUGGUUUAGUAUUAUGGUUAAAGAAAUUCAGUUUUCUAUCAUGAACAUGUCCACUUUGCUUUUUUUUUUUGACAUGGUUUGUGUGUAAAAAGUGUGUUUCUACUCUGUUGUGAGAUUACAUUACUCACCAGGGCGCCCUCUAGUGGCAGCCUUGUUUGGUUUUUCUUUAUGGCUAACGACUACAUUUUCCUGACCAAAGGGGUUUGCCCUUCAUGCGUAGAGAUGAACCACAGAUAUGAAUGAUGAGGGGGGAGGUUGGACAGAGGGGGGAGUCUCUCCUUUCAUGUUCUCUCCUCCCUAGAAUCUCUUCAAGACUUUUCCUCAAGCUGUCCCGUCGUGGACGGGGCAGAGUUAUCGAAGUGUUUUUUGUUUGUUUUUUUCAAUCUUAGAGAUGAAGUUUAUGGAAACUAAUGAAAUUACAUCAAUAAGACAUCUUAAGGUGAUUUUUAUUUAUUUAUUGUCUCUCUGAGGGGGAGGGAUGAGGGUCUUUAUGGUGGAGAUGAUUAGUCCACCACCUUUUUGAUGCUGCACUCCUCUCUGUGUGAUGAAGUCAAUGUGGAGGAGGGGAGGGGGGUGUUACAGGGAGUCACUUGUGUAAAAUUAAAACAAACUAAAAUUAUAAACCUUUUUCUGUUUUUGUAUUAAAAAUUAUGCUUGCAAUAAAA